UUUAAAUGGAGGAAAAAAUAUAGGAAUUAAAAGUUUAAGUAGAUUAAUUAACUGAAGAGGCAGAAUAUGAUUUUUAAAAAGGAGAACAUUAUAAACCUUAAGUUACAUCUAUAAUUAAAUAAAUUGAUUCUUUAAUAGAAAAUGAAGAUUUAGAAAGUAAUUUGAAUAUUUAAUAUUUUUAGUUUCAAAAAAGCAUAAGAUAGAGCUUUAUUUUUUGAAAGGAAAGGCAUCGGAUAUUCUACCAGAAUAUUCUAAAUUUGCUGAAGAAGCCUUGACAAAAGCAGUAAAUAUUAAUUCAAAAUGAAUUUUUAGAUGAAACUUAAUCCUUUUCAUAUAGAUAGCUUAAAUACAUUAGGACAUAUAUUAUGGAAGAAAAAAGAUUAUGUUGCUGCAAAACAAUGUUUUGAAACUGCAAUUGAAAAAGAUCCAAAUAAUAUCAAAUCAUUAUAAUACUUAUCAAUAGUAUUAAGAUAAGUUGGAGAUCAAAAGGAUAAGAGUGCAAAUGUUACAAAAUCAUUAGAAGUAGCAAAGAAAGCAUUGACUUUUGAUUUUAAGAAUGCAUAAUCAUGGUAUUUGGUUGGAAAUGCAUAUCUUUCUGAUUAUUUUAUGAAUCCUAAAAAAAAUAAUAAUGAAUUAAAUUUGGCUUUAUCUGCAUAUAAUUAAUCAGAAAAGAAUUAGAAUAGAGAAAAUCCUGAUUUAUAUUUUAAUAGAGGAAAUGUAUAUUUAAUUUAUAAAUUAUAGAUUCAUUGUUAUUUUGAAGAUUAUUAAUUAGCAUUUAAUUAUUAUUUAAAAGCUAAUAAGAUUGAUUAAUCAUUAACAAAUGAUACAUUAAAAUAAGUUUAAUAGAAAGUACUAAAAGUAUAUGAUUUGGUAACUAAUAAAUGUAGAAUAACAUAAAAAAAGUUGUCAAAUAUUGUGAAACAAAUUCCUAUAGGUUUGAAAGAAUAACCAAAAGGAUUUGAUAAACCACUUUAAAUGUGUACUAUUAUAGAUUUGAAAGAUGGAAUAAAUUUAGGAUUAAUUUUAGCUAGUAAAAGUUUGGUAAGUUAUACAGAGUAAAAUACAGUUCCUGCUGGUUUUGUUAUAGUUGAUAGUAAAUUAAAUUUUGCUAGUUUAUCAAUAUAUAAUACUUCAUAAGAAAUUUAUGAGAAAAUAAGGGAAUUAACAGAUGUAUUUAUUAUAGAACCAGAGGUUAAACAAAUAAAUUGUGAAAUAGAUGGAAAAGUAAUAUAAUAUAAUGAUUAAAAUAGCAAAUAUCUUACAUGUGUAUAUAGGUUAAGGAUGCAAAUAAGAUUUAUGUAGAGAAUGAAAAAAUAGUGAAUUAGCUUGCACAUUCAAUGGUGGUUAAUUAAACAUUUGAAAAAUGAGAUUUUGAUCUAAAAUAUAUUUUUGAUGGAAG